CGUGGCAGAUUCUGCAUCUGAAUCUAUUGGCGGGAGAGCAGGAGAAUGUUUGGCGUGUAGAAGCGGAGCGACGGUCGAUACUCAACAAACGCGACGCAGCAGGAGAAAUGGCAGGUAUGACGGCGUCGAAUGAACAACAGCAACAGCGCGCGGCGGUAUGGUUGUCAGAGCUGGAGGAUGGGAGGCGUCGGCUGCAAGAGAUUGUGUGGGUGAUGUCAUCCCCAGCAAAUCACCCAUCUGCGGUCCGAGGGGGCGGGGCUCAGAUGGCUGAUUGGUUGGAGGAUAUGUCCCAGCAGAUGCUGGACAUCAUCAGGAUGAUGGAGGAGGGGCCGGAUCCUUGGCUUGAUGACAUCAUCGCUUGGGAGCAGGAGCGGGAUAUCACAUGUAGAUGCUACGAUUUCUUCAGGGAAGGGCGAGCAAUCUCUGACAGCUAUUACUGCGAGGACUGCGAUGACGACGGCAACAGCGGCGCGGACAACAACAACAACAACACUAACAACAUCAUCAGCAGCGACAAUGACAUCAGCAGCAACAACAACAACAACAACAACAACAACGACAACGACAACGACAACGACAACAAUAUUGACAGCAACAACGACAUCAACGUCAUGAACAACAACCACAACACCGACAUUGUUGACGGCGACGUGUGAUAAGCUCAGACCCGUAAAGCGCGGCUUGCCGUAUCCCUGAGGAAAAAUCCCCCGGAAGCCCCGAAGUAC